AUGUACUAUAGUACUAAGAGUAUCAACAAUGCCAAAUCAAGAGCAAACACGAGCACGACGUUGGCGGAUGAAAUUGAGGACAAAUUUGUCACGGAAAGAGAUCACAAUGGAGUUAAUAACGGCACUCAAGAGCCGCAAUCUUAUUUACCGAUGAUUCUUGCUGAAAAUAUUCCAUCUUACUACGAGGGCUAUGGAUAUGAGCACAUCAACAGUACAGAAACUGGAACAUACUUUUCUUCACCACCAGCAAGCAGUUAUCAAUUUCAACAGCCUAGCAUGCAAACUCAUUACGAGGACGAUCAAGCAACGACACGACUGGUUAGUCACGGUCCCAUAGAUGCAGCACUGCUUCAAUACAAUGACAAAAGUAAUUUUGAGAUCUCUCCACAAAAUACUGUUGCUCUUAUGGACCUUCAUGGAAUUAAUAAUUAUCAAUACCCAUCGCCAUCACCAUACACCAACAGGUGUGAUGUGCACCAGUAUCCGGCGCAUUAUUGGAGUCAGACAAAUGAUUUAAGUCAACAGGAUCUUUCAGCCUAUGCGAUAAAUGACGCUGCCUUAUGUGAUUAUACAGGUGUAGAUCACACCUUGGCUGACGAUGGAAUAUAUAGACAUAUGAAACCACCUCCACAAAUCUCACAAUCACCUCAGUACUACUUCCAGCCUUUUUUCAAUCAAGCGUACCCUGCUAGCGGUUCACAAAGAACCCCAUCGAUUCCAUUCCGCAUCUCGACUGAAACAGAGUCACCCAAAGGGGGUGUUUAUACAGUGAACAAUGCUAAGAUGCAUGCUUCGUCAUCGAUUCCACAAGAGUCAGCUUCAAGAAACAACGAUGCUACUGCUAAGCCAAGCGCGACUUCAUCCAGCAGUAUACGUAGCGCUGAAUUAAGAACAGCUUCGAGAUCAACAGAUUCUGUUACAUCUAAUUCACCAACUUCAACCUCAGCUACAAACCUAUCAACGGCCAAUUCAAAGAACGGCAGGAGAUCGAGAAAGUGUCCCUUUCCUGGCUGCAGUAAGAAGUUUGUUCGUGACUCGACACUGGAUUCCCGCGCCCGUACAUUUGUAGUGUGUGUUCAAGGUCAUUUGCACGAAAGCACGACGCAGAAAGACAUUUCCGCAUGCACAAUGAUGAUAGACCCUACUGCUGUCCGAACUGUGAAGCGACAUUUCCCCGCUCAGACGCACUCAGGAGCUGAAUGCUGGGCAUGUAGACAUUGGAAUUCACAGCCAAAGUGCGCUCAGAAGGCAAAAGAAGGUGCCAAAGUGGAAGAGGACGGUAAAUCUAGUCAGCUUGCAAAGGGACAAUCACCAAAGGCGAGGAGAAUUGCAGCUAAGAAGAUGUUAGAUAUUAGUUCAGAUGAGAACGAAAACGAAGAGAGAAGUGAAGGUGAUGGUGUUGGAAUUGGAACGGAAAGUACACUUCCGAAAGCGUCAACGUCUUCACCACAGAAGAGAUCAGCGAAGAAACGCAGAAUAGAAAAGCAGUGA